CAAGCAUAUUUUAAUUAAUUGAUAGAAGUGAAAAGGGGUUAGGAAAUAAUCAUCUACCCAGAAUAUUGGGCCAAUUCCCUUUUCCUCGUAAACCAAAAUCUGUGGCCCAAAAGACCCAACCCAAUAUAUCCACCGACCCGGCCCACCUAAAACUAAAGCCACCACCUAAAUCCCCAAACUAAGUCUUCAACCCCAUUUUCAUGCCAACCAAACGACCCUAGUAUUCUUCACCCAAAUUCAAUGGAAAUCUGAAAUCCCUAACUAGCCAUCACCUCCACCUCUCUCCCAUUCACGUCACCUCUCUGCCGGCUCCACCGUCGGACCGCUGGAUCAAAGUGGUCAUCGACGCCACUGUCAUCAUCAAUCACCUUUUCUCCCAUCACCCAUCUCCCUUUUCUGAAAAAUAGAGCUCAACAACUCCUAAAAGGUCGAUUGAGACCUCUGAGAAAGGGGAAGAACAAAGAUCCAUCAGCCCAUCUCUCAACCCGAUGGAUACAAACCAGAAUUGGCAAUAUUUCUACCCCAAACGGCUCUUUCUCCUUCAAAUCACCUCUGAAAAGGUGAGAAUCCCAUCAUUUUCAAUUUAAGAGAUUUUCCCUCCGUAUUCAUUACUUUGAAUUUUGAAUUUGAUACCUUUAAUUUUCAGCUAUAAAUACAGCCCCUCUAUGGGCUGUUGAUGACAGGUUCAAGUGUUAGAAAUUCCCUAUUGAACAACCCCAAAAAAAUCCCAUCGGCUUUCUCAAAAAUCUUUUUUUUUUACUCUUAAGUUGGGGCUCUCAAAAAAAUUCUCUUUAACUAAGUUUUUUUUUUUUUUUUUUUUGUCGAAUUCUCGGUGGUUCUCGGCUAAACAAGCUUUUCAAGAGGAUUCGGAGACUGGACGACAACAAUAGCCUCAGUUCGCUGUCACGAAGAAGAGGGGACCCCGGUUGGCGGACAGUAACCUUGGAAUCAUCGGUUGCUUAGCUUUACGUUGCCCUUCCAAGAAGUCUCAGGAAGGCGUCGCGUAACAGUUGGUAUCAGAGCCUAGGCUCGACAUCGGACGAGGGAACACGUUACUAUUGUCAUCAUUUUUUUACCAUGGUGAACCAUGGAGACCGCCUCUUGAUUUUGGAAACGACGGUCAACAGACUUCCACCCAUGACUGAAAGAGUGGAGGACCUGGACCGCAGGAUGCGACAGGCUGAACAAGACAUUGUAAAUAUUACUACUGACACUGAUGCAGCCGCACAGACGACUGCCGUACAAAGAGAUGAGGACCUGGCCCAUAGGACUCGGGAGGCAGAUAGAAUGACUGCCAUGCAAGUAACCAUCGACCACUUGACUAAUCAGCUCAAUGUUGUCAACGCUGCCUUACAGGGCCUACUCCAAGGAGGGGGCAAUCCUAUUGGGGGCGCGGCAAACAUUGCCGCGGCGCCCCAGAAACUCAAGAUUCCUGAACCAAAGCCCUAUCAGGGUGCUCGAAACGCCAAAGUGGAAAAUUUCACCUUUGACAUCGAGCAGUACUUCGACGCUGUGGGAGAACUGGAGGAGCCCAAGAAGGUAGCAACUGCUGCCAUGUAUUUACAAGGCGACGCCAAACUCUGGUGGCGUGUGAAAUAUGAAGCUAUCAAGGCAGGUGAGGAUGCUCUUGAGACAUGGGAAGAACUAAAAGCAGCCAUUCGUUUACAGUUCUUCCCCGAGAACGUCGAGUAUAAUGCACGGAGGAAACUUCAGGAACUCAGGCAAACGAAGUCAGUCCGAGAUUAUGUCCGCGAGUUCUCUGCACUCAUGCUGAACAUAAGGGACAUGGGCGACAAGGACAAGCUUUUCACGUUCAUGGAAGGUUUGAAACCCUAUGCCCGCAUGGAAAUACAAAGACAAAGGGUGGAUUCCUUGCCCAAAGCUAUCCAAGCUGCGGAAUGCCUCAGUGACUACCAAGUGGAUGCUCGAAAGGAUAGACCUCAACCACCAGCCCGUGGGGGAUUCAAAGGGGGCCAAUCCUACAAUGCUGGUCCCAGCCGAAGUGGGGGAGAUCGUAGUGUGACCAAAUCUAAAGGUUCCUCCUCAGGCAGCAAUAGUGCUGCAUCUCAUAAUAAUGAUCAGGGGCGGAAGCCCCCCUCAGGAUGUCGUCAUUGCGGCGGACCACAUUGGAACAAUGAAUGCCCACAGGCACAGAUGAACGCCCAUCAAAUUCUGGAUGAUGGGACGAACGAUGAUGAGGAUGAUGCGGAUCAAACAGAACCAAUAGGUGCCUUCAAUGCACUUGUUUGUUCCAUUUCCAACGCUGUAGAGGGCACCAGUGCCGGCCUAUGCAAAAAGAAAGACCCAAGCUCGACUGCCAAGAAGGGAAAGACAAAGGCAGGCAACGGGCCUCCUCCAAGAGAGGAGAAGACCCUGAUGUUUGUCGACUUGAGAGUAAAUGGCAAACCUAUUAAGGCCAUGAUAGACACAGGUGCUACGCACAACUAUCUGGCCACCACAGAAGUAGAACGUCUUGGCCUAGUUGUUGGAAAGGGUAAAGGCCGUGUCAAAGCUAUCAACUCACCGCCCCAAUUGGUGGGUGGGAUAGCCAAAGGAGUGCCGGUAAAGAUGGGUCCUUAUGAAGGCAAGUUCGACUUGUGGGUAGUGAUCAUUGAUGACUUCGACUUGAUAGUGGGGUUGGAAUUCAUGAGACAAACUAACAUCAUUCCCAUACCCUACGCGGAUGUGCUUCUGAUGAUGGGAGCAAACGGGGCCAAACCCUGCAUUGUCCCAUGCACAACCAUAAAGAUGGCUUCAAGAGAUAUCUCUGCAUUGCAGCUGAAGAAGGGGGUCCAGCGACAAGAACCCACGUUCCUAGCUACCCUUUGCAUUGAAGAGAUUGAGCGUUCUUCGGGUCCCAUUCCAAUGCCCGUGAAGGAGCUCAUGAAGGAAUUUGAGGAUGUCAUGCCGCAAGAUAUGCCGAAGUGACUCCCGCCUA